AUGAAGCUUUCACAUCAGUUUGCGCGCAACACACUGUUGCGCACAGGCAAACCCCAAUACACAGCUACAUCGCUCGGCUCCUCGCUAUGGAAGAGGGCGUAUAGCAUCAAGCCUAUCUCGGCCUCGACCGAGCUGCCCGGCGUUGAUCCCUCCAAGCUCGAGAUUACCAAGACCAGCACACCCAAGGAAUUGACUCCGAAUAGUCAAUUGCAGUUCGGCAAGACAUUCACAGAUCACAUGCUCUCGAUUGAAUGGACUGCUACCGACGGAUGGCUUACUCCUCGCAUUGUCCCCUACCAGAACCUCAGCCUUGACCCCGCAACAUGCGUUUUCCACUAUGCUUUCGAGUGCUUUGAGGGUAUGAAAGCUUAUAAAGAUAAGGAUGGCAAGAUUCGUCUGUUCCGCCCUGAUAAGAACAUGGAGCGUCUUAACAAGUCCUCUUCGCGCAUUGCUCUUCCUACCAUCAAUGCCGACAGCCUUACCCAGUUGAUUGCAGAGUUUGCCAAGUUGGAGAGCCGAUUCAUUCCCAAUGAGAAAGGAUAUUCGCUAUAUCUACGACCUACGAUGAUUGGUACCCAAAAGACCAUUGGAGUCGGCCCCCCAGGAUCAGCCCUUCUUUUCGUGAUUGCCAGCCCUGUUGGCCCUUACUAUCCUACCGGAUUCAAGGCUGUGUCUUUGGAAGCAACUGACUACGCCGUACGCGCCUGGCCAGGUGGUGUCGGCGACAAGAAACUUGGCGCCAACUACGCCCCCUGUAUUGUUCCCCAGCAAGAGGCCGCCUCUCGCGGGUUCCAGCAGAACUUGUGGCUUUUCGGCGAGGAGGAAUACGUCACUGAAGUCGGUACCAUGAACCUCUUCAUGGCCAUCAAGAACAAGGAGACUGGACAGAAGGAGCUUUUGACCGCACCUUUGGACGGAACGAUCUUGGAGGGUGUCACACGAGACUCUGUUCUCGGACUUGCUCGCGAGCGAUUGGUCCCCGAGGGCUGGGUCGUGACCGAACGUAAAGUGCGCAUGUCAGAGCUUGCUGAGGCAUCGGCUGAGGGACGGCUAUUGGAAGUCUUUGGAUCUGGUACAGCAGCUAUUGUUAGCCCAGUCCGCAAGAUUAGUUACAAGGGUCAAUUGGUGGAUUGUGGACUGCAGGAGAAUGAGGAAGCUGGUGAGAUUGCUCUUCGUAUGAAGAACUGGAUCGAGGGUAUCCAGUAUGGCGAGGAGCAGCAUUCUUGGAGCUACGUUAUCGAGUAA